GGAGGGACUGGGUGGUUUAGUGCGCCAGUACGGCUCGGCAAACUUGACUGACGCAGAAAGAAGAGUAAAGCACCAGUGAACUGUAUGUGAAAAGACUCCUUCCGAGCUAAUUACCAUUAAGUACAUUUCUGUAGAUUUUUGCCAGACAAAAACUAUUCAUUGGCUUCACUGCUUUGCUGUUGGCUGUACUUUUAGAAAGUUCUGGGAAUUUACACCGAAACUUCCCCCUUUACCAGGAAUACACCUAAGAGAGGUCGAUCCAGCAAGUGAGACGAAACGUGGACAAGCAUCGCGCUUCAGGGGCAUUGUAAUGGCGACACACACAGACCUCCUCUUGCUCUGACACCACCCCCUGCCCCGUUCCCCGCACUGAACCCACAAGCCCUCGUCUGAGGCCCCUCCGCACCCAUCUGCCCCUGUCCCGCCCGCGGCUCCGCUCAGCCCAGGGGGUUCUAGCGAGCGGCUGCAUCAUGCCCAUCCUCAAGCAGCUGGUGUCCCACUCCAAUCAGGCCAAGCGGCGGUCGCGGGCCGACCUGACGCCCGAGAUGAUCAGCGCCCCGCUCGGGGACUUCCGCCACACCAUGCACGUGGGCCGCGGCGGCGACGCCUUCGGGGACACGUCGUUCCUCAGCACGCGGUCCGGGGAGGCCCCCCGGGAGCCCGAGCCCCGGGCCGAGUCGCCGGGCCCCAAGCCGGGCCUGCUGUCCCGGACCUUCCGCAGCAGCAAGCGCUCGCAGUCCAUCAACCGCGGGGACCGCUACGACGCCGGAGUGGCGCCCUCCGGCAGCUCGUCGGCCUACGUGAAGAACGCCAUCUCCCUGCCCUACCUGAACGAGGACGACGCCCACUUCGGCCGGCAGCUGCCCAAGAGCGUGUCGUCCAGCCCCAUGAAGCGGUCGCCCGGGUCCGACGCCUGGCCGGCCAACGGCGGCGGCAGCGGGGCGGUUGCCAUGGCGACCCUGGACCCCGACUUUGACGAGCUGAACUUCGGGGAGCUCACGGACCUGCCGCCGUCGAUGCCCCGCGGUGGCGGCGGCAUGAAGCACGCCGACUCCAUCAUGUCGUUCAACAUCGACCUGGGCCCGUCCAUGAUGGACGACAUCCUGAGCGUCAUGGAGAAGAAGGGCUGGGAGGACGACGACCUGGGCUACGAGGAGGGCAAGGGCAGCGAGAGCGGCGGCUCGCCCUCCUUCUGCGCGCCCGCCCAGCCCCAGGAGGCCAAGCGCGUGCCCGCCAGGCCCCCCCGCAGCACGCCCCUCGCGGCCGCCGGGGAGCCGUACACGCCGGAGCCCCCGGCCCGGAGGAACCAGCGCCUCGACAGCUGCUCCCUGUCCAGCUCGGGCUCGGCCGGCCUGGACGACAAGACGCACGGCGCCGCGCCCGAGGGUGACACGGACAGCGCCAAGUACAGCUCGCCCCACGGGGACGACGACCGCGAGUUCUCCUUCAUGGACGACGACGACGACGACGAGAUCCGCGUUUGAGCGCCCCGGUGGGGGGGGGGGGGGGGAAUUGGCUGGUCGGGGACGGUAUGUUCGGGGACGCGCAACGCUGAGGAUCCAGAAGGCUGUCGCUGAAAGACUGAGGACGGGGGGAGAGGGGGGAGGGGGGGGUAUGGAGUGGGCGGCGGAAAUGGGAAAAGCCAGCACAUGACUGCGCUGUAUUUGGGCAUAUUUGGGUCUUAAUCUCUCUGCACUUUGUCCGACUAUACUUGCGGCAAGAAUAAAUAAAUCCUGUUGUUGUUAUUAAGCCUUAAACGCCUUUAUUGUGGCCAUACAUAAGCGGACUUCUCUCGCACGAACGGGAGAUUAAAUGGAAAUUCAAAUGGAAGUGAAAGAGUGAAAGCACAGUCCCCCUCGCAUCCGUUUUUUCAUAGAGUAGAGGAUAAUGCCAAAACGCUACAGUCUUAUACUUUUGAAACUAUCAUUUCUAGGGUCGCAUUCCAGUGAAUCAAUGCGCUGAACAUUCUCCAUGUUUGGAACAUUCAAAGGCCCAUUUUGAAACAUUCAUCCGGUUCCAAGUGACCUGCCCUGCCCUGUGACGAGGACAAGCCACCCCGUCUUCAGCGGUGGUUCUCUUUAAAGACAAAGGCAGCAGGCGGGACUCGGGAGUCAUGAUUUCAACAUGAUUUCAAAAAAAUAACAUGGAAGUGCAUUGAGAGUAUGACGUCUACGCUUGAGAGAAAGGACACACAGGGGUGAGCAAAAUGAAUGGGGGGAUGGGAGGGAUUGAAUCGUAAAGUGUGUGUGGCCGUGAUGGUAGUAGUGGUAGUGAAGCAGCCAUAGUGCUCUAUUCACCAGUGACAAUGUGUGUUAGUGGCACGACACUAAAACUGAAAUUAAAUCGCUAUCACUUAGACCGUUUCUGCUUGUUGAGGGGGAUUGCUCCUAUUCGUUUUCCUUUGUGUACAUACAUUAUUGAGUAGUUGGUGUUCUACGGCCCAUUAUUAUAUCAUCGGUAUCUUUUAACGUUUCGCUUGUUUCCUAACUCUAGCAGGCCUACAGUAUUUUCCUUUUUCUUACCGUUUUUUUUUUGUCCACCAUUCAACGCAUUGUUUCGGUUUCUUGUCAGGGUCACGCUUGGAUUUUGUGAGUCUUUUGUGCCACGCAGAGCUUUUCAUUGCAGGUUUAUUUUUUUAUUGCGGUUGGGUUUUUUGGAUUUGUGGCUUUCCUUAGUUUUGGUGGCCUUCAAUGAGCCAGCUGGGGCCGCGGAGGGCUUGGUGAAUCGGCUGUCGGUAUGCAUGACUUUGUUGUCGAACCGUUACACGACACAACACUAAACGUAAGGUCAUGUCAGCUCUGCUGGCGAUGUCCCAAUGUGGCUGUAAUGGCUGACGAUGACUUUUACACUGGCACUCAUUGUUGUAUGCUUAUGCCCACUUUUUGUUGAAAUGUUAAAAGACACAAAUGUGAAUUAUUGCAAAACGGAGGCCUUUGGUACAUGGGUAUAUUUUGUUCCUUGUCGUCCUUUUCUUGAUCGAUGUAAUUAAACCGACCAGACUUUGGAGUCUAAAAUGUGGUUGUCAAGGGAGACGUGGCUUGUUGCUUUCGUGUUUUCACUCCACACCACAGGUGAGUGCUUGAGGUAGGUGAGCAGGGAAUAGAGGGAUGUUUGUAAGUUAAUCAGGAGUUGUACAACAAAACGAAAGGCCUGCUCACCCGGCAUCGAAGCCACAACCCUAGACAAGUGUGUUAACCUCCACGUUAGGAUGGUGGACUCAUUGAAAAAAAAACAAAAAAAACAAUCCUCGGUGAGUUCCGGCUUAGAUGUCUCUAAGCAACCACAUCUGCGCUGUGAUUGGCCGAGGCAGGACCGGAAGAGGUCAGAUGCUUGGUUAAGCAGGGCUCCAUGAGACUACUACAUCUUGUGGAUAGCAUCCCUACAUGAUUCCUGUACCCCCUGCUGAGGCUUCUUGGCCUCUCCCUCUCCUCAGACCUGUUCCGAUUGGUCCACUUGUUCCCUCAUUCCCUAAUCGCUACAUAGUACAUGGAAAACUUGAGUCCUGUAUUUAGGGAACACGCAAGGCAGGGAAUCGGGGGGGCGUUCGGACACUAAUCAUGCAGUAACUAGAUUUGUACGGUAACAUUUCGGACAGUACAAAAUGGCGACGCCCCAAAUAGUGCACUACAUGGGGCGCAAUGGAUCCGAUUGGGGCGCGGCCCGCCUUAGUCCCUCUGGAACACGGACACUUACAUACGCAUGGCUUAGUUAUUUUGAGUGUUUCAUUCCGUCUCUGGUUUGUUUGUGUUUUGUUCUUUCUGGUACUAGUCACGAGUGGGAGAGAGUCAUGUUCGCUGCGUGUUCAUGUCCACUAAGAAGGACCAGCCGAGUGAUUUGGAAGGAAGUUGUAUUUACCAAGUGUGUGUGUAUAUAUCUCGUCAUUGUGUUUUUUGUGAUUGAAUGAUUCUAUGUACGCUCGCUGCAGUAUGUUUUCAAACCACCGAGUUCCCUCGCAGAAACUCGACGGGCCAUAAAUCUGGGUUGUGUUGCAUUUUGUUUUGGUUUCACUCUUGACUUGAUUGGUUAAGUCCUUUUUUGGGAUUGUUUGGGGGAGCUGAAAUUCCUCAUGUUCCACCAAGUUUUGUUUUUCACACUAACGGACACUAGGAAAGAAUAUUUCCACAGAACGCUGCGCUGUCGCUGCUCUAAUCCGAAUAACUGAACAUAACAGCCUACACAUUGUGCCAUCCUUUAAUGCAAUUAGAUUUCAUUUCAGCAAUAAAAAACAAAGUGGAGCUUAUAUGUGGAAAAACACAUGAAGGUUGGUGAUAAAAAUCCACCUUAAUAGCUCCAAAUGAUAACUUUUUACAUCAAAUCACCUGGGAGAUUGUUUGACUGCUAAAAAUAAAUGAACCAUCUGUGGUUGGUUGGGAUAAAAAACGAUUGUGAGGGGAGGUUGGCGAAAGCGUGGCCGUAAAACGUCUCGUUUUAGUUGUUUUUUUUACUGGGUGGCUGUAAUCUAAUAAAGUAUGUACUAUUUUCUUUACCGUUUCUCCUCCCCUUGUUUUACUGUACGUAUAUGAAUAAUAUAUAUCUACCACUCUGUUCUUUGAAAUAACAGCUAUAUUUUUCAAUAAAAGAAAAAGCUGGUAAUCUUUA